UUCGAGCUGUAAACGGAGUCGGUCUGCUUUAGAACGCUGUACGGUUAAACGCGUGGCGGUAGUGGCAACAGUAGCAGUGACUUUGGCGCACAGUGCAACAGACAUAGGUACACAAACGAAAACACACGUGAGUUCACACGAACAUGCAGGCGAUCACAAACGAAUGUAAAUACAUAUACAUGUAUACAUAUYUACACGYACACAUGCGUAGAUAAAUCGCGUUGAUAACAAAGUGUGGCGAUUUGCACGUUGCAUUUAUUAUUGCAUUCGCCUGCGGCACGACAAGUGCUCAAGUUCCUCGUUCCUCAUUUGUUGCAAGUGCUGCUGCAACAAAGCAGAGGAAGAAGAUAAUAAUUGAAUAUUGAAAAUAGUAAAAAGUGCGAACAGUGAACCAGUGCAGUGAAAUUGUAAUUGUGCGUUGUGACCGCGUAUGCGUAUGAAUUGAAAUACAAAACAACAACAACAGCACUAGUAGCAACAAGCACAAAUCAAUUGGAUAUUGUGGGCUGUGCGCGGAUUUCGGAACGACGGUGUUUGCGGUGUUCGUUGAAUGAAAAUGUCACAACAUUGAAUGCUAAUAAACACAUGAAUGUACGCGUGUACACAGGCCAACAUACAUACGCAUACACUUGUGGUGUGUGCAAGUGUGUGUGACUGCAGUGGUGUAUGUUUGGGAGCUGCUCGCUAAACGAUUGGAUUUAUAAUCAGCUGCGACAGCGAGAACAUAAUACAAUCAGCAACACAAUUACAACAACAACAAGCAACAAUCACGCUAUGUGGCAGCUCUGGCAACGACAACAAGCAGUGACAAAAAAAUCGAAAUAAACGAAAAAAGCAACAACGAUAAAUGCGAAUACAAUACAUAAUACACAGCAUACGCAUACAAACAUAACGGCAUACAAAUAUACGUGCGAGUGUGUGUGUGUAUGCGUAAAGGCCUUGUAAUUCAUAGAACAACUAUACUGAGUGGCCAACAUGUUUAAUAAAAAAAUUACAUAAAUCCGUAUCGGUGUGUGUGUGAAUGUAAAGUUGAAAGCAAAUAAUUACAGCAAAAACCGUAACAACAAUAAUAGUGAAAUAUUGUGGAACAAUGCUGUUGAUAAGACCGUUUCAAAUAAAGCUAUAAAGCAAUAACAAAUAAUAAUAGUAAAAUAAAAAAGCAAAACAAAUUCAUUGCAAUGACGAAAAAGUGAUUCGAAAAUAAAAUCAAAAACAAAAACGACACUCUCAGUGAAAGUGCAACCAAAGUGCGUAGUUAAGCAAAUAACGGUAGCAAGUGCUUUUUUGAGUUUUUAGAGUGGCUGCUGUUUAAACAAAUAAUUUGCAAGGAGGUUGCCUUCAAUUCGAAUCGCUGAAUACUUCACUGGAAGCACGUUUCAAGUGAAAACUCCAGUGAUUCCAGAAAUAUGUACAGAAUGUUCACGAAACACUUCCGCCGGAAAAUGCGGCACAGCGACACAGUGACCGCACUCAGCAUAUACAUUCUGCUCGCUGUCAUACAAAAGAUAUCAGCCGCUGGUAACUUUGAAUUAGAAAUACUAGAAAUUUCAAAUACAAAUAGCCACCUACUGACGGGCUAUUGCUGUGGUGUUCCUCUAGAGAUAAGAAGUACAAAAACGACGGGUUGUCCGCCAUGUUCCACUGCCUUUCGCCUGUGCCUCAAGGAGUACCAGAGUUCGCCGCCCAGCAUAACGACGGGCUGCUCGUUCGGCAAUAAAACCACAGGCAUUUUAGGCGGCUCCAGCUUCGUGCUGAGUGAGCCGGGAAUGAGUGCGAUUGUGCUGCCAUUCACGUUUCGUUGGACGAAAUCGUUUACGCUGAUAUUGCAGGCGUUGGAUAUGUACAACACAUCGUACCCAGACUCGGAGAGGUUAAUUGAAGAAACAGCAUUUUCGGGCGUGAUCCUACCAUCGCCCGAAUGGAAGACAUUGGAUCACAUCGGCAAGAAUGCUCGCAUUACAUAUCGGGUCAGAGUGCAAUGCGCCGUUACGUAUUACAACACGACGUGUACGACUUUCUGUCGGCCGCGCGACGAUCAGUUCGGCCACUACACCUGCGGCGUGGAGGGGCAAAAGCUUUGCCUGCCCGGCUGGCAGGGCAUCAACUGCGAGGAGGCGAUUUGCCGGCCCGGCUGCGACCCCACACACGGCAAAUGCGACCAACCCGGCGGCUGCGAAUGUCGUCAGGGCUGGCGUGGACCACUGUGCAACGAGUGCAUGGUGUAUCCUGGUUGCAAGCACGGUUCGUGUAAUGGCAGCGCCUGGAAAUGCGUGUGCGAUACCAAUUGGGGAGGCAUACUCUGCGAUCAAGAUUUAAAUUACUGUGGCACUCAUGAACCCUGCAUGCACGGCGGUACCUGUGAGAACACCGCACCUGAUAAAUAUCACUGCACUUGCGCCGAGGGUCUGUCCGGCGAACGCUGCGAGAUCGUGGAGCAACCGUGUGCGACGCAGCCGUGCAAAAACGGUGGAACCUGCAGGCUCAAAGAAUCAACACUCCCGAACGUAACAACGUUGCCGACAUAUCGUGCAAUGCGCGGCAUGAGCUCGGCAAUGGGCAAACCAGUUAGCCGCCGCGACUCACUGCUAGGACUGGCAGGAUUAAGCGGCGGUGGCGCGGCAGCCACAACGAUACCGACUGGCGCAGGUGGCGGCGGCGGCGGCAGCGCGAGUGGCGGCGCGGGUGAUGGACGCGGCAACAGCACGAGCGCCAUGAGUGCACUUGCCGCGGCGGCCAAAUUGCUGCCAGGCGGCGGCGGAGGUGUCGCUAAUCCAGCAUUGGCCACAUCCAUGCUCAUGCAACUGCAGCAGUACCACAGCAACCCCAAUAGCGGCAACGGCGGCAGCAGCCCUGGCACCAGCAAUCUGCUGCACUCGCCGCAUCACUCGAUCGGACAUCGGGCGCAGCAGAUACCACCGGUUGGCGAAUACACUUGCGACUGCACGCCCGGCUGGACGGGACCAUCAUGUGAAAUCAAUAUCGAYGAGUGUGCUGGCGGUCCCUGCGAACACGGUGGCACUUGCAUCGAUCUAAUCGGCGGCUUUCGCUGUGAAUGUCCUCCCGAGUGGACAGGCGAUGUAUGUCAAAUUGAUGUAAACGAAUGCGAGGUACACUAUACAACAACAAUAACGAACGGCAACAACCACCACAACAAUCAUCAUCUAAACAAUGGCGCUGGAACGUUGGCCGACGCGAUUUCAUCGGCAACCUCUUCGGCGGCGUUGAUUGCCGCCAUAAGCGCYGCGUCAUCGUCCACAGCUGCCACGGCCGCCGCCAAGGCAGCGCUACAAUCACAGGCCGCAUCUGCAGGCAAUGCCACGGUCAUUAGAGCAGCAGCGGCGCAGGGCGCGACGCAGGCCGGSACAGUGGGCCCGUGCAUAAACGCGCAGCAGUGCGUCAACCUGCCGGGCUCCUUUUCGUGCGUCUGCCUCGAGGGCUGGGGUGGGCCGACGUGCGCGCUGAACCUUGACGACUGUGUGGGACAGUGCAAAAACGGCGCGACCUGCAUCGAUCUGGUGAACGACUAUCAUUGUGCGUGCGCAACCGGCUUCACAGGUCGCGACUGUGAGACCGACAUAGACGAAUGCGCUAACUCGCCGUGUCGCAAUGGUGGCGAAUGCGUGGACUUGAUUGGCAAAUUCAAAUGUAUCUGUCCGCUGGGUUACUCCGGAUCGCUAUGCGAGGAGGCCAAAGAUCACUGCACACCCUCGCCAUGCCUGCAAGGCCGUUGCCUUAACACACCCGGCAGCUACUAUUGCCACUGUCCGCCCGAUCGCGCGGGAAAGCAUUGCGAGCAAAUACGCCCACUCUGCUCCCAACCGCCCUGCAACGAGGGCUGCUUCGCCAACGCCACAAUGAACGCGCUGCCGUGCAGCGGACACGGCACUUGCGAGAUCGGCGACGUGGGCACAUUCUGCAAAUGCCAUGUGGGCUAUACGGGCACCUUCUGUGAGCACAAUCUAAAUGAGUGCUCGCCAAAUCCUUGUCGAAACGGUGGAAUUUGCCUGGACGGCGACGGUGACUUCACAUGUGAAUGCAUUUCUGGUUGGACAGGAAAACGUUGCUCGGAACGUGCCAAUGAGUGCUAUGGCGGUCAGUGUCAAAAUGGUGGGACUUGUCUACCUAGUUCCACCGAGAAGGGCCCGCAGUCACACUGCCGUUGUACGCCUGGCUGGCAUGGCGUUUUCUGCGAUGAGCCCAUCGACCAAUGUAGCGGUCAACCGUGUCACAAUGGCGGUACUUGCGAGUCGGGCACCGGUUGGUUCCGCUGUUUGUGUGCRCAGGGCUUUUCCGGACCGGAUUGUCGYAUUAAUGUGAAUGAGUGUUCGCCACAGCCUUGUUUGGGCGGCGCSACUUGUAUUGACGGUAUUGGUGGCUUUACUUGUAUUUGCCCACCGGGUCGACAUGGAUUGCGUUGUGAGAUAUUGCUUUCUGAUCCUAAGUCCGCUUGCGUAAACUCUACMAAUACGCUCUCACCCUAUCAUGCUUUGAAUCAGAGCCAAGGCGACUGGCUGGAACUUGCGCUCUCUGGCAGUACCGACGAGUACUGCAAUGCCUGUAUCUGCGAGAAUGGCACAUCGCGUUGCACGAAUCUCUGGUGCGGCUUACCGAAUUGCUUCAAAGUGGAUGCUGCUACGAAAUCUUCAAAUUUGUCCGGCGUAUGCAAACAGCACGAAGUGUGUGUACCAACAGUAAACGAGGCGUGCCUAUCGCCGCCCUGUGCUGUUCGUGGUGACUGUCGGGCGUUAGAGCCAUCGCGUCGUGUAGCUCCGCCUCGCCUGCCCGCCAAGCCGGAGUGCUGGCCAAACCAAGCGGUAUUGAAUGAGAACUGCGCACGCCUUACUAUACUGCUGGAUUUGCAACAAGUUGGCGAGGGGUCUUCCGUUGAGGGACUUUGUUCCGUGAUACGCUUUCUACUGGCUUCAAAACUGGUGAAAUCGCCACUCGACAACAAUGACGCCAUGCUAAUUAUAAUUUGCGAUCUGAAAAUGGGCACAAAUGACACCAUCGAAAUGACUGUGUCAUCAACCAUGUUAGCAGAUCCGCAAUUGCCUAUAACAGUCGGCCUACUCGGCGAACUGCUCUCCUCCCGUCAGAUUAACAGUUUGCAACGCCGCAAAGAGUUGCGGAAUGCUAAAUUCGCGCCUUUGGUCUCCAUACUAGAGGUCAAAGUAGAAACCGCACUCGUGGCGGAAGGUAAUCACAGCAGCCUGCUAAUUGGCAUUCUUUGCGGUAUYUUCAUCGUGCUAAUAGGUUGUGCCGUAUUUAUAACACUCAUGUGGCGUCAACGGUUACAUCCGCGCUCCACUUCGGGCAUAAAUCUUACACCUUCAAUGGAUGUCUCGCGUCACGAAGAGGAGAAAUCGAACAAUCUACAAAAUGAAGAAAAUCUGCGUCGCUACACAAAUCCGCUCAAAGGUUCGACCAGUUCUCUAGGGCGCACCAAUGGCAUGGAACUUAGCCUCAACCCAUCACCAGAACUAGCGACAGUAUCAUCGCUCGUAGCYGCUUCCACCUCAGCGCUGCAUCGCUCACAGCCACUUUAUCCGGCCAAUUGUGGRGAAUCAAAUUUCGACUGCGAGCUCGAAGUGAGUGCGACCGGCAGCAGAACCAACGYGACAAGCAAGACUGAACUUCACCACGCACACGUUCAAAAGCGCAAUUCGCAAAUCUUGCUGCAUAAAACACCCAAUUCGGAUAUGAAGAAGAACACCGUCGGUUCGCUAGACAGUCCGCGAAAAGAUUUCGGCAAGAGAUCAAUCAAUUGUAAAUCAAUGCCACCGCCCGCCAACGAAGAAUCGGACGUGCUCACCGUGGUGGUGUAG